AGUUGAGGAGACGGACCCACGCCCGGAGGGGGAGCGCUUAGGGGCGAGGGCACGCCGCUCUCUGAGCCGCCGAGAUGUGGAGCCGCGUCUCUGCCGUCGGGAGCCGCACGCGCGGCGCCUGUCGCUGCCGCCUCCUCCUCGCCCUCCCCCGGGGCGCCCAGGAGCAGGGGCCGGGCAGUAAAACACAAAAGUGCUUUAGCACCAGCACUGGGUUCUACAACAAGGAAGAUGAAUCUGCCACUUCUACAGACAGUAGUGCUGAGAAGGCUUCAGAGAAUCAGGAGAAGACAACACCAGGAAAUGCAAAGAAGAAUUUGUUGAACAUUAUUAGUGAAAUGAAAGUAGAAUUAAGUUCAAAGAAGAAGUUCCAGAUCCUAAAAACACGGAAGACCAAGGAGCAGACCAAUGACCAGCCAGAAAGUAUGGAGAGUGCAAGUAGCAUGUUUCAGAAAGCUACAGCAGACAGUAAAGCUAAGAGGAGCAAGCCUCUCAAUCCAGAAUUGGUGGAAGCUGCCUCUGCUGUUGCAUCUUCCUUACCUUUUGACAGGAAACGGACAGUAUCAGAUUUACUUGCACAACUAAGAAAGCAUGAAGAAGCCACUGAUGCACAGAAAAGAGGGGAAACGACUAACAUAAGCAACGUUAUUGCAGACAUGAAGAUUGGGAAACGCCGUCUCACCCGUGGUGUAUCCAGGCCAUCCAGUCAAAUUUCAUUUGAUGAUGAUGAUGAUGGGCAAGGUGACAUGUUUCAAAGAGGUAUCCUGUCUGAAUUUGCUGGAAGUAAAAGAAGAGGGCUUCACCUAGGAAGGAGGCUUAAUAUUUUCCCUGUUUCUCCCACUGUUACAGAACGGACACCUGAAGCAGAGUCUUCACCUACACUCUGGGAUCUGGAGCUUGCUAAUCAGAUUGCAGCAGUAAAUCAAAAGCCACCUCGGAAUGGUUUUGAAGAGAUGAUCCAGUGGACAAAAGAGGGAAAACUGUGGGAGUUCCCUAUUAAUAAUGAAGCAGGUAUUGAAGAUGAUGUUGAAUUUCAUGAACAUAUCUUUCUGGAUAAAUACCUAGAAGACUUUCCCAAGCAAGGACCUGUUCGCCACUUCAUGGAACUAGUGACCUGCGGGCUUUCCAAAAAUCCAUAUCUAAGUGUUAAACAAAAAGCUGAGCAUAUUGAAUGGUUCCGGAAUUACUUCCAGGAAAAGGAGGAACUUCUUAAAGAGAUUGAUGAUCAUGAGAAAGAAACAGACGUUAGUCUUGAAAGGAGGAGUCUAUCAAAGUAACAAGUGAUCACUUAAAAAAAACAAUUAUAGCAUUGUGUCAGUGCAUAGUAAAACAUUGUUAACACCUGAUUUGAAAGAUGUAAUUGUGUGAACUUUUUAAAAAAAAGCUAAAAUUUGCUAUUCUUUUCAUUUAUAUACACAAAAUGGAGGGAAUGGUCUGCAGCUCAUAGAUUGUACAUAGCAAAAAUAUCAUUAAUUCUGCGGUACAAAUUCACUGAUUGACUAUUUAAUUCAUUUUAAGCCUAUCCAAAAUAACCAGUAAGUAGAUUUUCUCAGAAGGGUCUUUAUUUUACUGGUUUCUGCUGCAUGCAUUUUGGAAUUUGGAAACUGUCACAGAAUCUAGAGAUAAGAAAAGGCCAGUAAUGUCGUCUACUCCACCCCCCUGCCAAUUCAGGAUUAUUCCUUGUUGCAUAUUAAUGUUUUGUGUGGUUUAUUUUUAAAUACGCUAAUUGCGGGUGGGUGAUUCCACUGUUUCCCUUGAGAGACUGUGUUCAGUGGCCUAACCUGGUUUACCAUCAAGAAGUUGUUUGAUUUUUUUUUUAAACCUUCUUUCCUCUCCAGUGUUCCCUCCCCUCUGCUCUCUGCAGCACUGUAGUAUACCAUUGUGUGUGUAAAAUAUUUUAAUAAUGUACAUGUGGUAUAUUGUCAAACAGCCUCUCCUGCACUCUGCCCUUAAUUGCAGGGUUACUUCAAACAUCCCAAAUCUGAGCAGCUUCAAACACCUGACAUUUAAAAAAAAAAAAAAAAAAAUUCAGCCUGCCACAAAAAUGCCCUAGAACAUGUAAUUUAAUCCCAACAAUCAUACUGGAUCAGAGCUGGCAAUAUUCAAUCCUGUUCCAGUAUCUUGAUUAAGUUCUGUUUAUCUCCUGCCCUGAAGGGUUAGAAAUGGGAGGCUCAGAUCUUAUCAAGAGGCACAGAGUUCUAUUACUUUCUUGUUUUAUAACCUUGUCUUCUGCUUUGUUGUACGAUAUUCUGUGGUGCUCAGAUGUUCAUGAAAUAAAUUCCAUGUUUUCUCUUGGAGGA